AUGUCAGAAGAGGCAGGAAUGCACGGCGAGUUCGGACAGGCGCUGGAGCCGGUUGCCAGCGGGAGCAAGCGAAAGCGUACGAUGGAAUGGGCUAUGAAGGUGCCCGAGGCAGAUGUCCAUCUGCUCAUCGACUCGCACUCGAACCACGACGAGAGACAGCACGACCAUGGUGACGACCACGACCAGCAUGACGGCCACCACACGCCCAAGCGCAGCCGGCCAUCGCCGUCGCCCAAGCAGCAGCCUCGCAGUAUACGCCGCAAAGACGCCCGCUACGGCCUGUCGUCGCUCAACAAGCGCCAGGCACAUGUCGCCGACGUCUUCGUCCCGGACAACACACGCCCUUCUCGCUUCCAGGAAGGCAGCAUGUCGGACAAGCCCAGCGCGCAACCCCCGAGUGUCUUUACUCGCGACCACUCGAACAACAGUCUGCCCACUCUGGCCAACGUCGACGAUCUGAUGACCCAGUACCACCAAGAGAACUCGACCCCCGCAGUCUACCACACUCCCAGGCCUACUGUCGAUCAUGCUCUCAAGCCUACUGUCAGCAACCCGCUCCAGGUUGAGCCGGUUGAGUCCCGGCCAUCCCUACCUUUCAGCGCGCCUACCUUCGACUCGAUCCCUCCCUCGACGACUGCAUCCGUCAAGCCGGCCGGCGGACUCUUCCGCUUCGGUAAGAUGGUUGCAUCGACCUUCAAUCCGGCCAACGUAUGGGAGUCGUUCUCACGCACAUGGAAGGAGUCCAAGGAAGAUCUCACUGUUAGAAACAUCGAAGAGAACCGCAAGCGUGCAAUGAACGACGACAAGGUCAUGGAUAGCAAGGCCAUGGACGACAAGGCCAUGUAUGAACAGGCUUAUCAGGAACUUAAGAAGUCCGGCCAGUUCAACUUCACCGUCGUACCCAACAAGGCCCUGACGUCGCCUCGCCUUGGUGGAAACAGCCAAUUCGGUUCGCCCGCACGUCAGCCUCUGACUUCUCCUCGUCACGCUGCCGCAUAUGCCCGUCUACGCCCAGAUGCCGAUUUCCCAAACUCGCGCCAUACUUCUCUUGACUUGGCCGUCGAUGCUGCACCACCACAGCUGGCUGCUCUGUUCAACCCGACCGCAGAGCCAACAUCACCUCGACAUUUGUCUCCCGAGAAGCCGAUAAGCAAGCGCAAGUCGUUCUUCGCCCUCCGUGGUGCCUCUCUCCGUGCCCCUUCCUUGAGCUCCCUGAAGCGUGGUCGCUCUCAUGCUAAUUUGAGUGAGACUAUCCUGCGCACCUCGGAAGACAAGGACAAGAGAAAUCCGUCCAUGUCACCCGAGAAGCCUGCCUACAACCAACUCACUUUGCAACCACUCCCUCGCUCUCAGUCCAAGAAGGAGCUCAACAGAGCGGUCAAGCUGAACAAGCGUGUCAGUGAUCUCGAGUCCAAACUUGCUGACGCUCGUCGUGAAUUGAACAACGCCAUCACCAACGCCUCUCCUCUCCCGCCCCUUCCUUCCCGUUUCGAGAAGUUCACUCCUACUUCCAAAUCCAAAUUCACUAGGGCUAGGUUUGGUCUGAGCAGUAGCAAGCUACCUUCUCUUCCUUCAGAAAGCCUCAUCCAGGCAGACGCUCUCGCUCAGGCUCAGAACACUCCUUCGCUCGUCAGACCGAAGCCUACUCACUCUCAAUCGUUUGACUUGACUCACCUGCGAAGCCCUGCGCAGCAACGAGACUCGGUCAUUGUGCUUGACACGCCUCGUUCAGAGAUCCAGUCCUUUUGCCUGUCGACUACUACAGCCAAGCUCCCAUGGAUCCAGCUGCUCUUGCCUCUUCCGAGGUCACCGACCAAAGUGAUGCUGAGAACCGUCCCAGUCUGGAUGCCAAACUCAAGGCUCUCGAUGCUAGCAUCAAGUCCAAGGCCAAGAAGACUCCUACGAAAAAGCGCAAGAGUUCGUCCAAAGAUGAUGGCACUUACAAGCCCCCAGCAAAUGAGGAGGAAGACGAACUGGAGGUUGUCAAGGAAAAGCCAAAGAAGAAGCGUAAGUCCACCGGCAAAAAGGCAGCCAAUGUCGAGCCCGCAAUCAAUCAGCCUGGACCCGACGUCGGCCAUGGUAGUAUGA